UUAAGGUUUUGGGAACGAAAGACAGAGAGAAAGGCAGUUGAAAGAAGGCGUCAAAUGGCAGGGUCUACAGGCGGCACUGGUUCCUCGAAUCCCUCUUCGGCUCCACCUCCUCCUAAGAUCCUGUUAGCAAAGCCUGGACUGGUCACUGGCGGACCGGUUGCUGGCAAGUUCGGACGUGGCGGCGCUACCGAUGAUGAAACGGCGUCGCUUAGGUCCCGCCUUCCUUCAAUCGGGUCCCUCAACCUCCUCUCUGAUUCCUGGGACUUCCACAUCGAUCGCUUUCUCCCUUUUCUAACUGAGAAUACUGAUUUUAUGGUGGUGGGAGUGAUUGGUCCGACUGGGGUGGGCAAGUCGAUUAUUAUGAAUGAGCUUUAUGGAUUUGAUGCAAGCUCUCCCGGAAUGCUACCACCAUUUGCAACACAAACAGAAGAUACUAGGGCAAUGGCAAGGCAUUGUACUGUGGGAAUUGAACCAAGGAUAUCUGCUGAACGGAUUAUACUUCUUGAUACCCAGUCCGUGUUUAGUCCUUCUGUUUUGGCUGAGAUUAUGAGGCCUGAUGGCUCAUCCACGAUAUCAGUUCUAGGUGGCGAGUCUUUGUCUGCUGAAUUGGCUCAUGAACUUAUGAGUAUUCAGCUUGGUGUUAUACUAGCAUCCAUUUGUAACGUAUUACUUGUGGUGUCGGAAGGAGUUCAUGAUUACAGCAUGUGGCGAUUGAUGUUGACAGUUGACUUGUUGAAACAUGGCAUACCUGACCCAUCUUCAAUACUCCCUUCUCAUUCCCAGAGCUCCAAUUUGGGGCCUGAAAAGGAAAACAAAGAUAAAGUCCAUAAAAGUGAAGAGUAUAUGGCUGCUCCAGUUUUUGUCCAUACAAAAUUGGAUGACCAAGAUCUCAGUCCACGUGAUUUUUCCCAGCUGAGGAAAGCCAUUUUACACUAUUUCAACAUGUCUUCGUUUAUGAGAGACAAAUCUAGAAAUAUGAGCAAAGGUCAACCACUUUCUUCCAUGGCUUCUGGUAUGCAGAGUAAUGAUCCUGAUUUUACUUGGCCGGAUUUGUUUGUUAUCCCACGUAAGAGCAAGGAUGACUUCCCAAGAGCUCAAUAUGAAAGUUAUUUUUCUACGCUGUGCAAAUUGCGGGAUCAGGUUCUAUCCAUGAAUUGCCCACCAUUUGCAAGGACCGUAUCAGAACGAGAUUGGUUGAAGAAUUCUGCCAAGAUUUGGGAACUCGUGAAAACCUCCCCAGUAAUUGCAGAGUACAGCAGAACACUCCAAAGUUCGGGUCUUUCUAAUCUUUCUAGGAGGUAGCCAAAUUAAGCCAAAGUCUUUCAAACUUGUAUUUGCUAAAUCAACCAAUGGGCGGUUCUGUUGAUUAUUUGGGCACAUUUAGUUUGUGUUAAUGUUUUUAUUUAUGUAAAUGAUCUUGAAUAUUAUUUGCUGAUGGCGAAUGAAAUCUCCUACUUCCUUUUUCUCUUUUUA